AUGAGUUUCCCAGUAGGUAUAGAUUUUGGUAAUAUGCAUUCUGUUAUUGCAGUUGCUAGAAAUAAUGGUGUCGAUAUACUGAUUAAUGAUGUCUCAAACCGUAGUACGCCAUCGAUUGUAGGCUUUGGAGAAAAGCAAAGAUAUAUCGGUGAAGAUGGUAAGACAAAGCAAACUUCGAAUGUUUUGAACACUGCAGAUAAUCUGCAAACAUUGCUUGGUUUAAGAUUUGGUACAACAGAUUUUGACCGUGAAAAGAUGUAUAUGAAUGAAAGUCUAAUUGAAUAUUCUGAUGACUUUGUUGGUAUAGAGGUGAAUUAUGCGGGUGCUUUACAACAAUUUUCAUCUACCCAAUUGGUCGCUACAUAUUUGAACCACUUAAAAACAAUUGCAUUAAACGAUAUGAAGUCUGAGAUUAAAGAUAUCUGUAUUUCCAUACCACUGUGGUACAAUGAAGAGAAAAGAGUAGCUUUAAUGGAUGCCUGUAAGAUAGCUGGGUUAUCAAACGUUACAUUGGUGGAUUGUUUAACAGCAGCAGCAGUAUUUUACGGGUUAACGAAACCAGACUUACCUGAGUUGAAACAAAAGGCCAAAAUUGUGGGUUUCUUUGACAGUGGUCACGCUACAACAAGUUUUGCUAUUGCAGCCUUCCAUCAGGGGAAGUUGAAGAUCUUGAGUUCAGCUUUUGUCAAAGGUUUAGGAGGUAGGGAUUUUGAUAGAGCAAUUACUGAAUAUAUGGCCGAACUCUUUGUGAAUAAGUAUAAGAUUGACAUUAGACAAAACAAGAAGGCUUAUUUCAGGGUGAUGACUCAAGCUGAAAAGUUGAAAAAAGUUCUGUCAGUAAACCAAUCGGGGCAACUGAAUAUUGAAUGUUUAAUGGAUGAUAUUGACGUUAGUGCGGAAUUGUCCAGGGAAAAAUUUGAAGAAUUGAUUUCACCAAUUAUAGUUAAAAAGUUAGAGCAAUGUAUUGCUUUAACUUUCAAAAGGGCCCACGUAGAAAGUUUAGAUGCCCUUGAAUUACUAGGGGGUAGUACUCGUGUUCCACUUGUCAAAAGACUGAUCGAGGAACACACUGGAAUUAAAUUAUCCUCAACAUUAAAUCAGGAUGAGGCCGCUGUUAAAGGUGCGGCAUUGAUUGCUGCCAAAUAUUCAUCAACUGUGGCAUUAAAACCAAUUAAGUUUAGAAACAUUUUGGCCGAAAAUAUCACUCUAUAUUGGGAUAAUCCUAUUCCUGGAGGGCAUGACUCCUUGGAAGUUUUUUCCAAGGUGACACACUACCCUAUCACGAAAUCGACAGUUGUCGAAGUUUCAUCCGAUUUUACGCUUGCAGCACACAAUGGAAAAAGGCAUUUAAUGAAGAAAAGUAUCUCUGAGAUCAAUCAUAACCUAUUAGGGCUUUGGAAGAUUAGUGGUAUUGAUCCAAAAAAACAUAAGGGUAAAAAAUCAGAAAAGAUUUAUGUUGAAUUAAUUUUAUCUUGUGAUGUUUCCAAAUUUCUUCAUAUUGACGAUGCCUAUGUCAUCGCUAAAGAUUCAAACCAUUCGAAUGAUAAAGAAAAAGGUCAUCCUAAUUAUAAGAGAAUCGAACGGUUAAAGGUUGAAACUUUACCAAUUUCAAAGAACCAAGAUAAGAUUGUUAAAUGGUCUCAACUUGAAACUAUAAUGAUUAAGCAAGAUCAAUUAGUAAAGGACACUGAAGAAAUGAAAAAUGAACUCGAAUCUUCGAUAUAUUCUUUACGUUCAAAAGUGGAAGGUGUAUAUGCAGAACUUCUACGUUCCAAAGAAAAAGACUAUGUAUUAAAUUUACUUGACGAAACAGAAAAUUGGUUAUAUGACGAAGGUGAAGAUGCUACCAUAAAGGAAUAUAACUCUAAAUACCAAAAAAUCAAACAACUUUCAAAUGAGAUCAGCACAAGGCAAUGA